AUGCAAAGCAUUGACAUUUCACAAAAUCACAAUCUUGAGGGUCAGUUGCCAACAUUUCCAUUGAAUAGUACCUUAAAGGUCCUAUCACUUUGUGGAACAAACUUCAGUGGUAAACUACCCGAAUCCCUUGGUAAUGUGAAGUUCUUGACAAAGUUAGAGCUCUCUCUUUGCAAUUUCUCUAGACAGAUUCCAUCAACAAUCACAAAUCUCAGAAACCUUGUGCACCUGAAUCUAGAAUUUAAUAAUUUCAGUGGUUUAAUCCCUUCAUUCCAUAGAUCUGGAGUUCCAAAUCUUGCAUACCUCAAUUUGCAGAGGAACCGACUUUCUGGGCCUGUACAUUCUUCUAUAUUUACUCUCCCAUCACUGCAUACCUUGCUUCUUGGAGGAAAUCAAUUGGUUGGGGAAAUUGAUGAGUUCCCCAAUGCAUCUUGUUCGUUGAUGCAAUAUUUGGAUUUAAACCAUAAUUAUUUAAGUGGAUCAAUCCCAAAGUCAAUCGUUCAACUCCCCAGGCUUGAAUUGCUUUCUAUUGGCUACAAUAGCUUUGGUUCCAUGAAGCUUGAUAUGUUGUCUCAACUCAAGAACUUAAGAGCUCGUGACCUUUCCAAUGCAAUGAUGCUGACGAUUACCGACAACAAAGCAAAGCCAAAGUAUAUUGGAGAUGGGUACUAUCACGACUCAGUGACAAUUGUCAAUAAAGGAAAUGCCAUUUUCUAUGAGAAAAUUUUAAACGUGUUUACUUGUCUUGAUCUUUCCAACAAUAGUUUCCAUGGGAGAAUACCAGAAGAAAUACGGGAUCUUAUAUCACUCAAAGUGCUAAACUUAUCCCAAAAUAGCUUCUGUGGCCAAAUUCCUUUUGGACUUGAGAACUUAAAAGAGCUUGAGUCUUUGGACUUCUCACUGAACAAACUCUCAGGGAAGAUUCCUCCGCAGCUUACAAGUCUAACUUUCCUUGAAGCACUAAACCUAUCUUACAACCAACUUGAAGGGAUCAUACCACAAAGUAACCAAUUCUUUACAUUUUUAAAUGAUUCUUAUCAAGGGAACCGAAUAUUAUGUGGGCCGCCUUUGACUAGGAAUUGCGAUGAAGUUGGUGUUCCACUGUCACCUCCAGAGGAAGAUGCAGAUUCAUUGAUAGAAGGUAUAUCCGAUUGGAAAAUCGUGUUGAUCGGGUAUGGAUGUGGUUUAGUGAUUGGGUUAUGUAUUGGAUAUACAGUGCUGAAUGAGAUGGGAAACAAAUGUCUUGAUAGUUUUGAAGGGAAUGGUAAAAGGAAACGGAAAACAGCUAGGUGA